AGCCCCGCACAGCGGAGGUGCCAGUGGACCUGGUCUGUGGCUCGUGUUCUAUUUGCCCUGAACCUCGCAGCCAUGGAGGGACCCCAGGAGCUUCUAAGUGGGAAGCUCCGGCUCUGCUUCACCCCCGCUGCCCGGACCAGCCUUCUCCUGCUCAGGCUCAACGACGCGGCGCUGCGAGCGCUGCAAGAGUGUCAGCGGCAACAGGUUCGGCCAGUGAUUGCUUUCCAGGGCAACCGAGGGUAUUUGAGGCUCCCAGGUCCUGGCUGGUCCUGCCUCUUUUCCUUCUUAGUGUCUCAGUGUGGCCAGGAGGGGUCUGGUGGCUUGGACCUUGUGUACCAACGCUUAGGCAGAUCUGGGCCUAACCGCCUCCACUGCCUGGGUCCACUCAGAGAACGCCUCACUACUUGGGCAGCCAUGGAUUCUAUUCCAGCCCCAUCUUCAGUUCACCGACACAACCUGACUGAAGAUACCAGAGAUCAUGAGAGCUGGCAGAACAUGGGAGACUAUUCCGAAAGAGACAUAGUUUCACAGCCACAGAUGGCACUAGAAGAGGUGCCAGAUCCACCGGCAAGCAGCCAAGGACAGUCACUCCCAGGAUCCUCGAGGGAACACAUGGCACAGUGGGAAGUGAGGAAACAGACCCAUCUUCCAAACAGAGAGCCUGAUCAGGCACUGCCUUCCUCUGCUAGCCAGAAACAUGUGGACAAGAAACGUCCAGCGCCUGCAGCUGCUGUAGAACUAAAAGAAAAGAGGCUCAGAACUACUCUGUCUCUAGCUCCAAGUCUCCAACAAGGGCUGCCCAGUCAGGACCUACAGGAGGGAGAAGACUGGGAGCAAGAAGAUAAAGAUGAAGACGUGGGCCCCAGGCUAGAGCACAGUCCUUCAGUUCAAGCAGACUCUGAAUCCCCAAGCCCUGAAGAGGUACCAGAUUACCUUCUGCAAUACAGGGCCAUCUACAGUGCUGAACAGCAACAUGCUUAUGAGCAGGACUUUGAGACAGAUUAUGCUGAAUACCGCAUCCUGCAUGCUCGUGUUGGGGCUGCAAGCCAAAGGUUCGUAGAGCUGGGAGCAGAGAUGAGGAGUGUUCAGCGAGGGACUCCAGAACACAAGAUGCUGGAAGAAAAGAUAGUCCAGGAAUAUAAAAAGUUCAGGAAGGUAAGCAGGCCUGGGAAUGGCAGCAAGAAGGCAGAACUGACUUACUCUUUUGACAUUGAUGCUUUUUCUCUACAGCGGUACCCAGGUUACAGAGAAGAAAAACGCCGCUGUGAGUACCUGCAUCAGAAAUUGUCCCACAUUAAAGGUCUCAUCCUGGAGUUUGAGGAAAAGAACAGGGGCAGCUGAAACUGACAGAGGGCUCUUUAUCCUCUGCCCAGUGUGAUAUGAAGGAACAAAGUGGCUAUUAACUAAACAGAGUACAACUGUUGGCUCUUCUUAUUGCCGCGUCCAUGGUGGCAAGUAGGAGAGCUGCUCUAGAUUCUUAAGGUUUGGUUUUCAUUAUUGCCAUAUUUAAAUUUUUAGGACAUGGGCAGAGUGGCAAGACUCCACAGCUGUGCCCAGGAAACUAGGAAAAGUAGCAGAGGCUUGGCUUCUCCACCUUUAGUUCAGCCAAGUCAUUUUCGAAUCCUGAGAAAUGACACCAUUUCCAGGACAAGAUACCUUGAAAACAUUAGAAUUUACCUGGUAGCCUCCUUAAAGAAACAAUGAGAACUUUUGGUAACAGAGCUAAAAGAACUUGUAAUACAACUAGAUAUAAUAGGAAAGAGCUUGGGUGUUAUCCAUGUAUACUGAAAGUGAAUUCUUUUACAAACAUGGCUAAAAAAUUAAAACUGAUUGCUUCUGUGUCAA